AUGUUGGCAGCUCCCUCCAACAAUCCUGUUCGCCGCCUCUCUUCGUUAUUCUCCUUGGGCUCGCCGAAACCUGAUGAUAAACGCUCUCCCACCAAAUCACCACAUUUACAAUCCUCCCGUUCAUCUUCGCUGCAAUCUCCGCCCCUUCGGGAUCAACAGCUCGCUGAAGAGACACAGGCAUUGAGCCUCAACCCACGAAAUGUCUCGGCUCCCGUCCUCGGUGAAAAUGCACACCAAACAUACACUCCUCCACCACGUCUCUCCAGCUUGAACCCAGAUCUUGCAUGUCCAGGUUCGCCAGAUACUCACAGCCGUAGCCAGAGCUGGAGUGAUGCUGUACCGCGAUUCAGCAAAUCUGGUUCAAGGCCAGGUUCAGGUCUCGGAGUUUCGGGAGUUACCGUCAACCCUACUACCCCUGCCACUAUAAGCAAGUCCAAAAAGGGCGCUAAGUCGAAGUUGUCUGGCAAUGAUGCGUCAAACGGUAAGCGUGCCUGGAUCGCUGGAACGGAAAACGAUAUUGCGUACGAUAUUAGCACUCUACUUGCAGGGGAGAGGGUAAGUUAA